AUACACUUAGUCCAAAAGGAAGUCUUGACCAUCUGUACCACCCAUAUGGUGUGAUCAUGGUUGUUAGUAGACUAGACUUUUCAUCUAGACGUACAUGCCAGUAAGCCUCCUUUACGUCCAAUUUAGAAAAUAUUUUAGCAUUUAGGAACUGUGGCAUUACAGCUUCCUAAGUUGGUAACUUAAAAUGUUCUCUUUUUAAAGCAGUGUUUAGAUGUCUUGGUUCAAUGCAGAUCCUUAAAUCCCCAUUUGGCUUUUGAACCACAGCCAUCUGGCUGACCCAAUCUGUAGGUUCAUUUACAGGAAUUAAUAUUUUCCUUUUUACUAAUGUCUCUAUUUCUGCUUCCACUUUCUUUUGAAAUGCAAAUGGUAUAUUACGACAAGGUGAUACCACCGGAGCUAUGUUCUCAUUGAUAGUUAAUGAUGUUUCACCUAAAUCUCCCAGAUGACAAUCCAUUGUGUUUACUUGUGAUAUGAAUCUAUCUUCAUUUAAUGUGAUCAGACUUAAACUUUGGCAUGUUUUACGGCCUAAUAAGCAUUGAUAGUGGUUCUCUACAACUGUGAAUGUUACCAAAUAAUUCUUUUUGUUUUUAGGAUUUGUUAUUAUUAAGUUAGCAGUGCCCUCGGUUUUUAAUUUGGAAUUAUUCCACAAUGUUAAUGUUUGAACACUCUUCUUAAUUUGUGUCUUUUUAACAUAUUUCUUAUAUAUAAUGUUAACAUCUGCUCCUGUGUCCAGUUGAAAUCUUAUUGGUUGACUAUUUAUCAUGAAUAGUGCUGUCAUUCUGACCCUAUUUAUGUUUAACACAUUAAUUGAGUUUAAUUGUUCCUCUUGGUCAAAUUCAUCCAUUGCAUUAUGCAUAUGUAUUUUAUUCUUAGUCUUACACUUAACUGCAAAAUGAUUUUUGCCUUUGCAUUUAUUGCAAUUUUUUCCCCAAGCUGGGCAUGCUGUUCUGUUCACUGCAUGUCUGCCUCCACAAAACCAGCAAUCUAUUAGGUUGUUUCUGUUGUCAUUUUUCUUCUGUUCUAUCUUAUCUAUCUUCACAACAGUUUCCUUAUUUAUCUUUGCCAAUCCUUUUGAUAGGAAAAAACGACUGGCUGCAUUUAUAAAGAAUCCUUCCCAGGAAAACCUAAAGCUAUUCAGGAUAGCUAGAGCAAAGGCUAGACAAACCAUACGGUCAGCCAAAAGGAAUUCCUGGAGAAGUUUUGUCGGCAGUCUGGAUGCCAAAACUUCUGCUAGAGCGGUUUGGAAGGCAGUAAGGCGAAUCAAAGGGAAAGAAUCAAAUGCAAUAGGGCAUUUGAAAAACCAAGGACGAACUGUCACGUCCCCCAGAGAAAUAGCUGACUGCCUUGCAUCCUCAAUAGCAGAAAAAUCAUCCACUGCACACUACACGCCAGAGUUCCAAAAAGUCAAAACCAGGGAGGAAAGACACCCCAUUGAUUUCAGGUCAGAGAACAAUGAAGACUACAACAAACCGUUCUCGCUUGAGGAACUGAGGGAAUCGCUGGACAAGUCACAUAACACAGCGCCUGGAGAAGACGAAAUCCAUUACCAGUUCCUCAAGCACCUUCCCGAACCCUCAUUGGCAGUCCUGCUAGGGGUCUAUAACUGUGUGUGGCAAACAGGCGCUUUCCCAAACAGCUGGAGGAAAGCCACAGUUAUACCGAUACCUAAACCGGGAAGAGACGGCUCUGACCCAGCUAACUAUCGACCAAUAGCACUAACAAGCUGCAUCUGCAAAACCAUGGAAAGAAUGAUUAACAGUAGGCUGGUCUGGUACCUGGAAAGGAAUAAAGUGAUCUCAAACUACCAGUGCGGAUUCCGGCAGGGGCGGACAACAACUGACCACCUGGUAAGGCUGGAAGCUUAUAUUAGAAAUGCAUUACUCAGAAGAGAACAUCUAGUAGCUGUAUUCUUCGAUAUAGAAAAGGCCUAUGACACAACCUGGAAACAUGGCAUUCUACGUGACCUGGCGCUUAUGGGGCUUAAGGGACACCUCCCCCGUUUUGUGGAGGAAUUCCUGAAAGAUCGAAAAUUUCAGGUUCGAGUGGGCAACUCCGCUUCUGACACUCAUGACCAGGAAAUGGGUGUACCCCAGGGCAGCAUUCUGUCAGUCACCCUGUUCAACAUUAAAAUAAAUAGCAUCAUAAAUGCGCUGUCCCCUGGCAUAGAGUGCUCUUUGUAUGUUGAUGACUUUGUCAUUCUUACUUAUGGGAAAAACAUGAACACCUUAGAAAGGAAAUUACAGUUAUGUUUAAACAAAAUUCAGGGUUGGGCAAACUAUAAUGGUUUCAAAUUCUCAGACUCCAAAACAGUUAGUAUGCAUUUUUGUAAUCUAAGGGGACUCCACCCAGACCCUGAACUAUUUAUACACAAAAAGAAGAUCCCUGUCGUGAAAACUACAAAAUUUUUAGGCCUCACCUUAGAUUCCAAAUUUAAUUUUCUCCCCCACAUUAAGGAACUUAAGAAGAAAUGCCAAAAGUCAUUAAACAUACUAAGAGUACUCAGCCAUACGGACUGGGGAGCUGACAGAGAUACCUUGCUGCUGCUCUAUCGGAGUCUAAUUCGAUCCAAGCUAGACUACGGAUCCAUAAUAUAUGGAGCAGCAAGGAAGUCGUACCUAAAAAUACUGGAACCAAUACAAAAUGCUGCCCUGCGUCUCUGCCUCGGCGCGUUUCGUACAUCACCUAUCCCAAGUCUCCAUGUGGAGGCUGGAGAACUCCCCAUGGAUAUAAGAAUGAAAAAGCUUGCAAUGCAGUAUAUAGUCAAGCUAAAAUCCAACCCCACGAACCCUGCUUUUGACUCCAUAUUUAACCCCACAGAGGUAGAAUUAUACAAUCGAAGGCCUAACGUCAUACAGCCGUUGGGCCUUCGAAUGAGAGAACCCAUCCAAAAUUUAACCCCACCCAUUGACCAAAUCUCUAAAAUAGAAACCCCUCAGAAUCCUCCUUGGCUAAUGAAUAAACCCAAAUUAAAUUUAUCCCUCCUUAAUUUCAAAAAAGAAAAUACAGACCCAAGCAUACUACAAGUCCACUUUAGGGAACUGCAGGAGAGCUACGGAGAUUGUGGCACCAUCUACACAGACGGAUCCAAAAUGGAGGGAAAGGUCGCGUGUGCCUGCUCCUUUCGGAACAAAACAAUCUCCCGUAGACUCCCCGAUGGCUGCUCCAUCUUUACGGCCGAAUUGCACGCAAUAUUGCUUGCACUUAUGGCCGUAAAAGCAUCAGAAAGGAGGAAAUUUAUAAUCUGCUCCGACUCCAAAUCUACAUUGCAAGCUUUGGGGCGGAUGAAGACUGACAUCCCAUUGGUACAUAAGAGCCUGAAGCUGUUGGACCUAAUAACAGCCGACCGUAGGGAUGUCACCUUCAUCUGGGUCCCCUCCCAUGUUGGCAUUGAGGGAAACGAAGCCGCAGACAGAGAAGCAAAGAGAGCCCUAAAUCAUGCGGUGUCAGGAACCCAAAUCCCCUACUCGGACCUGAGACAAAGUAUUGCCUCUGCCACCUAUCGAGAGUGGCAGAACCGAUGGGAGGCUGAGACUCACAGUAAACUCAGGCAGAUUGUGGCGGAUGUCAGGUGGCGGCCCACAUCUAAGGGUCUGACAAGGCGUGGUAGCACAACCAUGUCCAGACUUAGGAUUGGCCACACCUACAUCACGCACUCUUUUGUACUGAAGAGAGAGGAGCCCCCACUUUGCGAGUACUGUGACUCUCGCCUCACCGUGGAACAUAUCCUCGUUGAUUGCCCCAGAUACCAGGAUGUCAGGGCGAAACAUUUUAGAGCCACUAAUCUAAAAACACUAUUUAAUAAUGUCGACCCUGGGAAGGUACUGGGCUUUAUUCGGGAAGUGGGGCUAUCUACGAAGAUCUGAUUUCUGAAUUUGUGAACAUGCACUAUUUACAUUAGAUUUUUACCAAAUAUUUAAAUUUUUACUACCUUUACUAUUUUAACUGUGAAUAGACCUUAAUUUUAAUUAUAUUACUGUAUAGAAUCUGGCCCUUGUUGUUUAGAGAGAGAGUGGUCCUUGGGGGACUGCAGGCACGACAUGGCCUAAAUUGUGCCGAUGUGCCUCAAAUCAACAAAUCAACAAAUCAACCAAUCCUUUUGCAGUUUGCUCGUAUGUUUGGCAUAUCUCUAUGCACUUCUUCAAGGCCCCUUCAUAUGUUGACCUAACAAAGUCAAAGUUGCCAAGGAGAGUUGAGUAAAUAGAAGCGCAAAAGUUUCAUUUAUUAACUUUUAAAGCAAUAACACAGUUGAAUGUUCAAGUAUCCACCUGACUGAUGAAUGUUCAAGUAUCCACCAGACAGAUGAAUGUUCAAGUAUACACCAGAUAGAUGAAUGUUCAAGUAUCCACCAGACAGUUGAAUGUUCAAGUAUCCACUAGACAGAUGAAUGUUCAAGUAUCCACCAGACAGUUGAAUGUGCAAGUAUCCACUAGACAGAUGAAUGUUCAAGUAUCCACCAUUUCAUUAAUUAUCAUAUUUCUCUUUUAGGAAAAUGUUUCUGUUUUCACUUUAUUUUAUUUUGUACCAGUCUAUUAUUUUGUACCAUUAAAAAUUUAUAUUUUAUGUUAGUAAAAAAGAUGUUUGAAAUUUUGUAGCAAAAUUUAAAAAAAAAAUCUCCUCUCUAUAUAUUAAAAUAGUAAUUUACUCAACUUUGGAAUCCUAUCACUGAACUGGGAAAGCUAGCUUUGAUUGUUUUUGUUGUUGUAAAUAUCCAUAUGGAUAGUGUGUAUAUUAUGCAAAGGUUGAUUAUUAGCUGUUAAGGUUGGAAUUUUCUUUUUUUUAAUUUUUACAUGAUUUCAAUGUUAAAUACCACUGUAGUUGUCUUUCUGAUAAUGAUGCUAUGAUGUGGUCUUGGUAUAUUUUUUCUGUGAUUAGAUGUUGUAACAUAUAGAUAUUGACAAUGUACAAAGUUUAUAUACAACCAAGUUCAUACAUUAAUCUAUUUCACAAUCAUACAAACUAUAAACUGCGUAAAGCUUUUUGUUAUUAUUAAAAAUAUAAACUGUAAAGUAUUGGAUACUAAAAUGCAUUUUAAUUUAUUCUUCCCGAGCUAUACUUUAUUGCUUCUUCAUUUUGUGUGUGCACAAUCUAUUGAAUUAAUAAUGUAAUUUUUUGUGAGAUGAUUUGUGUUGGUCACAUGUAUAAGUCAUUAGUUUCUAUUAUGAUUUUUUUAAAAGUAUUUGUGUAAAACCAGAGAGGUUUCCUUAAAUUUGUACUUUAUUAAUUUUUUAUGUUACAUUUUUGUUUAGUUUUAAUUUUACUUACAAGCUGAAUUUGUAUACAUAGCUAUGAUUUGAUUUGAUGGAAUUCUUCUUUUUAUAAAAUUUUACAUGGUCUAAGGUUUUUGAGUUCAUUGAAGCUUUUUUUCCAAACUGUCUGAAGAGUUGAACUGAAGGCUUGUGAAACAAUAGGCCAGCAAAAAAUAACAAAAGCUUCCUCUCACCAGCCUGACUGAAAUGAUUGUUCUGUCUGGAAGAGAUCCUACUUGGUGUCUGUAUCACACUACUAUUUCCAAUGCUUUAGAAGCUCCAGACACAGGGGCUAGAGAUUGGCAGACUGCUAAGCACACCAAGAACUCCUGCCAUCUUCCUGCUCUUUACCACACUCAACAAUCCCCAUUCCAUUUGUGAAACAGAAUGUUGACAUGGUCAUAAAGACUCUCUUCCCAACCAAGAAUUGAGCAAUGCUUUUCCAUUCCUAAUGAAGUCUUGUUUUCUUACUUCCUUGAAGCCUAAUUGUUUUGACCCAGGGGUGGGGGGGCACUAUGUUGUAGACUGGGAUGUUUGCUUUCUGACAGCAUUGUAGAAUAAUUAUAUUGUAAUAAAAUAUUUUUCAAAUAAAAAAAUUAAAUGAAACAAAACCUACAUCUUGGCUAUUAAAAUCCAGGUUAAUACUGCUAUUUGUUAUAUAAUGUAUGUGUCACUGCCAUGAGAUGUAUACAUUGGAUGCUUACAUAAACAUUGGUUUUGUGAAACAUCAGUCAGUUGUAUUUAUGACCCUACUCUAAAUGGCCUAGAAUGUUGAACAUAAGAGUACCAGUUCAAUGUUAGAGAAAAUAAUAGUAAGUAGGGGAGACAAUAAAAGAGUUUUAAUAUGUUC